GCCAAGGCAUAACAAGCCACUGUUACUCCAACCCCUACACCACCCUGUGAUGUUUUUAUGACAUCUGAUGUGAAAGCAGAAGUCAGAAAUUUAACCAUCCGUCCUCCUGACCACAAAGCCUCAGUCUCACUCUCCUUCCUUCACAGCAGCAGCACCUCACAGGUAAAAUUAACACGUCAGAUUCACUGAAAUAAGUCAGUAUUUAUACACACAAGAGUUCUGUAACACUACUUCACAACCAUCAACACCAGCGUCAUGGUCAUUUCAAGCUGAGGAUUAACUUGUCUAAAUUUAAAGCAAGUUUUCUGCAGACCCCAGCUGUGCAGCAUCAAGAGUACUUCCUCUUUCAUCGUAAACAGAGAGCAGAAAGAAGCAUUACCUCAGAUCAGAAAUAACAAGUGUGCAGCUUUCAUCCUACACACAACACAGAGAGACGUCGAGGCCCGGCAGCUGUGUUAUUCACAGUAGGACACGCGCAGUGAGGCUGCAGUAACUUCUGAGUGGACUGUCAGAGGAAAAGCUGCUCCUGUAGUCACCGACUCAGAGAUUCUCAACAUGGCCGCAGACAAAGGGAUGAAACUUGUGUUCAAUCUCACGUUGGUGCUGUCGGUCGUCCUGACUUCAGCUCUACCCACCCUCGAUUCAGACCAACAGCUGCAGGACAGCGGGUUCGGUCAACCUCCGCCUCGCCACGGCCUCAAGCUGCUGGUGUGGUAUGCUCAGAACUGCCUGGACAACAACAUGGUGGCUCUGUGCGAUCCCGUCAGAAGAGAGUUUGGAUUUCACUUUUUUCACAACACGGGCCGCCUGCUUCCAGUGAUCGUGGACAAAAGGCAGUACGCGUACUACACCAUCGGGAACCUCAACUCACCCCAUGCCAAAGACCUGCCGUAUGACGUCAGGAAAUACUAUAACCCAAAGGACCCUAAAAGCAACAUGGACAGAGUUUUGGUGAAAUACAAUAACAACAACAGACGCAUCGAGGACAUGUACGCAUCCGCUCAUUAUGAUGAAACACAGACGUACCAGAUUGGACCCAAUCUCCUUGCUUCUCUGCGGCGACGGACAGCUCUCAUUAGCAGAGAAAUGAUGCAGAAUCUCUCUGUGACAUCUUUAAAAGCUCUGUGAAUCUUCAAAACACAUCCUGGUUGAGUUUCCAACAUUUAUUUAACAAUCUUGAGUGACGUGUUUCUUUGCUGGAUGUCUGCGGACGGGGAAACGUGUCAGACUGCUGUGAUGUCCUUCCUUUAAGGCUCAAGUCUGAGGGAGGGAAACCUGCUCGCUCAGAUAAGAAUAUAGAUUUACGCUUACAGAUUUUAUAUGCAUAGAAAGCUUCUUUCCCUGAUCUAUGAAAUAAGUGCUCAUGUGUGCUGCUUUUCUUAUCAAUAAAAGAGUGAUAUAGGACUGGAUGUGUGUGGUGUCAAACUUUUCCUUUCUGUCAGAGGUUCGUCAGCAUUAAAGUUUAAGAAACAAUAGAAAUAAUGUUUUCAUUACUGCAAUAAUUGAUAAAUAAGUAUUGUUUGUCAGCUGUAAAACUAUCCAAAUAAAUGUGUGUAUGUAUAUUGAA